GCUCUCGAUGUUGCUGAUACUGGCCUCUCCUCUCCUCUUGAUACAGGUGCAGAGCAGGCAGUACUCUACACACCUGGAAUCGUUUACUCAGUUUACUCUUCAAAAUGUCCAGCAUACCUUCGCCGUUUUUCCAGAUCUCCAAAGAAACGCAUCGCAACCCGAGAGAAAGCAUGGGAAGCUUGGGAAAAGUGUACAGCCCAAUCUGGACUCAACUUGCUUCAAGCAUCGAGGAAAUUUUCAUGCGCUUGUACUCGGCAUGGAAGAUGGAUUCACCGGCCAAGUACAAGCGGCGUCAAGUCAGCCGCAACUCGUUAAGCUUCUCCAAGAGAAUGCCCUGCCACCGGCUGCUAUCACCUCCUGCCAUGGCAAGUUAUCCGGAAGCAAAUCCCUAUUGACGAAAGAGCUGGAAGCAACCGAAACAACGUCCUCCAACCGAAGCUGCAGAUGUUGGCGGGCCAAUGCCCGCGCUUACAUCAUCGAAAGCCAGGAUUGGGACCUUGCGCUCAAUGCCGUGGAAGAUUGUAUAGCCAACACUUCCCACACACUCGAUACAGAGCAGAAAAUUCUACCAGAAGGUGUGCCCGAAAGGGCUGAUCUUGGUGAAACUUUGGAGGAUAUCAUGGAAAGCAGUUUAUUGUCUAGAACUGCGUGGACCAAGCUGUUUGACGAAGACGGCGGUCGCAGCGUAUUGGAGAUCUUGCUGCGACAACUGGACGAUGAACAGUAG